ACCAUAUCGGAAACUUGUCCCCGCUGUGUCAGCAAAGUUAAUAACAUCUUUUUCAAAAUGCUUUUCUUUGGUUUUGGCAGGUUAAUAUACGUCACGGUACUCCUUAUAAAUGCAGUAGCAGUUCUCUCGGAAGACCGAUUCCUCGCACGAAUUGGCUGGGGUCAGGCACAACCCGAACCAGGUUUCGGAUCGAGUUAUGAUAAUUCAAGCAUAAAAGCAAGGACGGUCAAUUUAAUCACCAGCGUAAGAACUGUUAUGCGAAUACCAUUGAUUGUGAUAAAUACGGUUAUUAUUGUCUAUGAGUUGAUACUGGGAUGA